AGCUAAGUUGUUUUUUGGACUCAACUGGUGAACAAACUGAGGCACAGAAGAAUAGUUGCAUUAUCAGUUCUUCUGCUAUAAAUAGCUGCGCAGACAUUACCAGUCAUCAUAACUAAGUUUACGGUGAUAAUGAAGAAGAACCGAGACUUUUUAUCAGGAUUCUCCGCUCUCACUCUCUUGCUUGCAAUUAUGCUUGUUGCAGAAUUGCGAACACUUGAUGCUGAUGCCUGCAAGCCUAGCGGCAAGGUUAGGGGGAGAAAACCUCCGCGUGGACAAUGCAACACUGAGAAUGAUUCAGACUGCUGCGUGAAAGGAAAGCUCUACACAAUAUACAAGUGCUCUCCUUCAGUGUCGAGCCACACGAAGGCGACCCUGACACUGAACAGCUUCCAGAAGGGCGGUGAUGGUGGCGGUCCAUCGGAGUGUGACAAUAAGUACCACUCGGACCACACCCCAGUGGUGGCACUGUCAACAGGGUGGUUUAGUCACAGGAAGAGGUGCAAGAAUUUUAUUACGAUUCACGGCAAUGGCAGGAGCGUGAAAGCUAUGGUGGUGGAUGAGUGUGAUUCCACAAUGGGGUGUGACUCUGAACACGAUUAUCAGCCACCGUGCAAGAACAACAUUGUGGAUGCGUCGAAAGCUGUUUGGAAAGCUCUGGGAGUGCCCGAAAGUGACUGGGGAGAAAUGGAAAUAAAAUGGUCUGAUGCUUGAUUUACAAGGGAUUUCACAUGAAUAAUACUUGUAUCGGCUAUUGAUUGCAGUUCUGCAACCAAUAACUUUGUGAUACCUUAAAAAUCUAAUAAAACUACUCUUCAUCUGUGUGUCAAAGUCAAAA